GUACGCCAUAACCCAUCCCUACUUUGCGCAGACGGUGAAACAAGGUCAACAGGUAUGCUCUACCCGGCGUUGUUACUGCAAAGUGAUCUAGGAGCAAGGACUAGCAGUGUCGAAACCAAUCAAAGCUGACAUUGAACGCACAGUAACCUUCACCAACCGCAAUCAUGGGUAUCUCUCGUGACUCGCGUCACAAGCGCUCCGCCACCGGUGGUAAGCGCGCAUACUAUCGCAAGAAGAGAGCGUUCGAGAAGGGCCGCCAGGCCGCCAACACCCGUAUCGGCAACAAGCGUAUCCAUCUUGUCCGCACCCGUGGCGGCAACCGCAAGUUCCGCGCCCUUCGCCUCGACUCCGGCAACUUCUCGUGGGGUAGCGAAGGCAUCUCCCGCAAAGUCCGUGUCAUUGUGGUCGCCUACCACCCGUCCAACAACGAGCUCGUCCGUACGAACACCUUGACCAAGGCCGCCGUGGUGCAGAUCGAUGCGGCGCCGUUCAGGCAGUGGUACGAAGCACACUACGGCCAGAGCAUUGGCAGGAGGAGACAGAAGAAGGAAGACCAGGAGAAGGAAGAGAAGAAGAGCAAGAGUGUCACUGAGAAGCAGGCGGAGAGGCACAAGGCCGGCGGCAAGGUCGAGCCGGCGAUUGAGCGGCAAUUCGAGGCGGGUCGUCUGUACGCCGUCAUCGCUUCGCGGCCUGGCCAGAGCGGUCGCUGCGAUGGCUAUGUGCUGGAGGGCGAUGAGCUGGCGUUCUACCAGCGUGCUAUCAGGAGGUAAAGCGGUGGAAAGGGUCGGCGUUAAAACACUGCAUUACAUUACCGUGGCGCUUUAAAAGCGCUACGCCGGAUGGGUCGCCGUGAAUGUCGCUGUCGCCCAGGAUGCGUAACUUACUGACGUCUCUCGCGGCGCCGGACAUUAGUGUGGGUGCAAAUGUAGUAUGCAGCAUAAGAUGUCAGACGGGAUCGAAUCAUUACCCUUACAAGCCAUCGCUGUGCUUCCCCUGAGUAGGGCCAAAGCUGCGUCAAGGUUAGCCUCUAUCCUGAUCAAUCUUGUUCUCGUUCAUGCUCAUGCUUGAUCAAUGAAUGUCCGAGUACUAUUCUGUAGCAGCUCGUGC